UGAAACACAUACAUUAUCUUCUCCACUCUCUCUCUCGAUUACCUAGAACAAACACAGAAAAAUCACCAUCUUCACAAACAAAACCCAACCCUCAGCCACACCCCCAUCUCUCCUCGAGCUACUGGACGACCGACCACCACUACUGUCUGGUGGCGGCGGCGAUGGUAUGACGAGGAGGAGAGAGAGGGAGAAUGCAGGAGAGAGAGGAGAAAUCAUGGAGAGAGAGGGAUAGAGAGAGACUGAAGACGAAGAUGGAGCCGGCGUCGGAGGGCGACAGCGGUGGUCUCAGGAAGGCUCGGUGAUGUUGAUGGUGUCUCCGACGACGUUCUUAGAAGUUUCGAUUUGGGGGUUUUGUUUGCAGACGAAGAUGAUGGUUGGUUGGUGGGUUUCGGAGGAGAUGGGUGUCGGAGGAGGUGGUGUGUCGGAGGAGGUGGGUGUCGGAGGUGGAGGUGGUGGCGGAGGUGGAGGUGGUGUCGGAGAUGGAGGUUUUGGCAGAGGAGGUGGUGUCAGCUGGUGGGAGAAGAGGAGAAGAUGUUUGAAGAGGUUUGCAGACUUGGGUUCAUGUCUACUUGGGGAAGAGGUAGGGAAGAUGUUUUUGGUGAGAAACUCUUCAAGAAAACAAACAAGCUGCAGGAUCUGAAGGUCUGCACGCGUCUGCGCAACGCAGACAUAAGUGCUCAGAAGAGCUUCUAACCAAAAAACAAACAGCACCUAAGUUCCAGUCUGUUUAUGACCGCUCGUGCAGUGUUGAUAAGGUAUACUACUCGUUCAAUCGUUAUCUUGUGAAGGGAUUUGCCAUAAAGCAAAAAUGAUUUUUUUUUUCAAUUGAAUGGAAAGUCAAAAUUGACUUAAGGAUAGUGAUUACUUGUACCCGAGCAGUAAU